ACAAAACCUAGAUCCAAAAAUUGCAGAAUUUACAUCUUUUAAUUUCUAGUUUCGAUCCCCCAAUCCAUAAAUCAUUUGUUGUAGUUGUUGGCUCUCUAAUUUUCAUCCCAUCUUUUCGUCGUGGAUUUGUUGUUUUCGGUGAAUCGCCGGCGGAUUUGGUGAAUCAAACAAUGAAAAAGUAACAGAUCUUGAAUGGUUUUUCUUAGUUUCGAUGAUUCAAAGUUUUUUAUUGGUAUAGGAAUUCAACGCUCCUGUGAUUUGGUUAUUUGCGUUUGGUGCUCUACCUGGAUAGAUGUCGGAGCUAGAGGUCGCGGUCGUGGUCGUAGACGUGGCCGUGGUCGUGGUCAGGGCGUCGGGGCUCCGGUAGCGGAUGAGAGUGUGGCACAGAGUGUUACGGUUGAGCUGGUCGGGAGUCUGCAGACGGAUCAGGAGGAGCCUGAGGGUUUGGCCGGUGGGGGUGCCGUUGUGGAUGGAGUUCCAGUGGGCGUUGCUCAGGCUCGAGAUGACCGCAUUGCGGACUUGUUGAUGAGGCUGUUAGAGAGGCUACCGGAGAGGGUACCAGCACAAGCUCCGGGAGUACCACUAGUGGCUGAGGUACAGCCGAGGAUUGCGGUUGCAGAGGCGCUCCCAUCUUACAUCAAGAUGAUGGAGCAGAUGCAGAGGAUUGGCACAGAGUUUUUUUCGGGUGGUGCCAAACCUAAAGCGGCGGAUGAGUGGAGGAUGCGGAUGGAGCGGAAUUUCUUGGUGGAGUUGGUCGAGACGGCUGCGUUGUUGGAGGAGGGUCUGAAGGAUGAGGCGGUGGUGACCAGCCCAACUCUUCAGGCAAAGAAGCCUCAUCAGCAGUCCAGUUCCAAUAAAAGCGGUAAGCCGGUGCAGGGACAGAAGCGUAAGUAUGACGAGACUCAGAGGGCUAGCCAGGAUGAUACUCGAGUGUGCUUUCACUGCAAGGAGGCGGGACAUAUCAAGCCCAAGUCUCUUAAGUUGCAGCAGAGAGAGGUGGCAGUGGUGGCAACGGCAACGGCGAUACCGACGGAGAGGCAGAUCGCAACGGCACCACGGAUGUACUCUAUCGGAGAGUGUCGUGUUAAGAUUCUUAGCAUGAGAAAAUUGUGUAUGGACGAGAAACAGUUGUAAGAAUCUUCUUUCAUUACUUUAAAUUUAUGAGAUUAUAAUAUGUCCAAUACAUGUACAAAAAUAUUAUAAUGUUUUGGUGAGUAUACUUACUACAUUGCAAUAAAAUAAAAAAACUGAA